UAAUUAGUUACGAAGAAACCUCUAGCCGGACCACAGCCGCGCGACCGCGACCACUCGAUUGCAGACAGAGCCGCGAACACAAUGGCCAGAGUCGGACGCUCGCAUCCACUCUCCACUACGGGCAUGUCACGCUUGCUUUGCGUAUUUUUAAUCAUCAGAUUAAUCGCGUGUGCGGAAUACGGAAUCCCAAUAGAAAUAAAGUUGUGGGACUCCAAACGGACGCCUCUAGCUCACAUGGUGGACGUAACAAAUGAAUUUGGUUUAAAAGUUUUGGCGGAGCAUAAUUUUUUAAAUGAUAACAAUAUAGCGUUUUCCCCUUACGGGUUGAUGGGUAUUUUGGUUGCUCUCUACGAAGGUGUAGACGGAGAAUCGUCGUAUCAGAUCCAGCGGAGUAUGCAGCUGCCGUGGAACAGAAACGUCAUGAGGAUCGGUUUUCGAGAUAUACAUCGCACGCUUAAAACGUAUUUUGUUCCUGAGGAGGGUUUUCUCGCAGGACUGGCUCUUAAUAACGAAAAUGUUACGUUUACUGAAAGCUACAAAAAGAUUCUACGAUUUUAUGGAUUUGAUUUAGAGAGUGAUCAAUCACCAAACUCCAAGCCAAAUGUUACAACGGAAGCACCGCAAAUUACUACAUCUAGUAUGGACAAUUCUUCUACAACUACUGUUACUCCUACCAGCAGUACAUUUACUACUAGUAGCAGUAGUAGUAGUACACCAACCACAGUGAUCACAAUUGCAGAGAAAAUAACAGGUCGUGAAGAUUCAUCAACUAGUCAAUCUACUAAAGCAAUGAGAGAGGAAACUACACCAAACCCGCAAGCAGAAACUUUAGAUAUACGCGAGGAAAACGAUACCCCUGUUGUUUCUACAGAUGCAACUUCUACGACAAAUUCUAUUGAAACUACAACAAUGAGCGGAAUCACUACACAAACGACAGAAGUAACAACAGAGCUUAUGACUUCUACCACGGAGACAACGUUGUCAACAAUAGCAUCCACUACGCAAACAACAUCGCAAGAAUCAACUGAUACUACUACUAGUGGAUCUACUACUACAACGACUAGUGGAUCUACUACAGAUAAUGAAAAUACAUCAACAGUAACAUCCACUACAGAGACUACAACAGGUACACCAUCAUCAACUAUGACAACUGAUACGCAAACAGCAUCAACUAGUUCAGUUACUGAAACUCAACAAACGGAACAAAUGUCCACGAUUACAGAUAUGACUACAGAUUCUAUGUCAACAAUUCCCACCACAUCAACGUUAGAAACACUACAAAGACGUAAGAAGUCAGUUCUUGACUUCUUGUACACAAGUCCGCCGUAUGACGAUGAUUACUUGGUAUACAGAUCGUUUGAUGUCGGAACCGAUUUACCAAAAGAAAAUCCAUAUGAAGAUGAUGAAAAUUUUAUGGCCAAUGGACUAAGGAGUAUUCAGGUAGCCUACAUGCAUUACGAUUCUGUGAUGGAUUAUGCGUAUCUGCCACACUUAGAGGCUUCGGCCCUCCGCCUUCCCCUGGACAGCGAGAGAUACUACCUCCUUGUGAUAUUGCCAGCGAGGAGAGGCUCCGGAGAGUUGGACAGAUUGCUGGCUAGGAUGUCGCGAGAGUCUGACCUGUCUGAUGUUUAUGCUGCUCUACAUCCACGCCGCGUCCGCGCGGUUGUGCCAAGUUUUAUAGUCAAAGGACAUGUGACACUUACGACGGAUUUGCAAAAGAUCGGUAUCCGCGACGUCUUCGAGCCUCGCCAACACGACUUCACGCCCAUGACGCAGCAGGGGGGUGUGUACGUGCGCAGCAUCGAGCAGGCCGUGUCCGUCGCCAUCCGCAAGUACCAGCCCGACAUCAAACACAAGUACAUCAACACCCGUGCUCCGGUGGUAUUCUCCGCUACAUACCCGUUUCUGUAUUUCGUCAUGGACACAAAUAUCCACGUAUCUCUAAUGGCGGGCAAGAUGGUAGACCCAUUAAACACAAGAAUAUUAUAAUUUUGAGUUUCAUUUUGAUAUUGAAUUAAUUUAACCUGUGAUAUAUUGUAUGCAAAUACUAAUUGAUAAUGCCUAUGACGCGUGCACAUCCAAACACCAUUCAAUCCACGUGUCAAGUUAAUCCGCUCGAGCUGUACCGUAAAACAACGCGUAUUCUUACUGUUUAUAAUACCGACUUAGACACUGUAUUAUCUAUUUCACCCAGCAAACUCACUACCGAUUUAGAAUUUUUCUGACUGCAGCACCAUCUACCAUUUAUAUACCAUUACCAAUUGUUUUCAAACCAUCCAGGAACUAAUUGAAAUUACACACAAAAUUUCAUCCAAAUCAGUCCAGCCGUUAAGGAAAAUAUAUCUUUGAAUAUUACAUUAUACCUUUCAUUUGGGCUAGACCUACAGUCUAUCUAAUAUUUCGAUAAGAUUUUACAACAAACUGUGCAGUUUUCAGAUUUAACUGUAAAGAAAACUGAAAGUCUGUAGCCUGCUUUGAAUGUUUAUAAUUGGGAUAAGGUUUAGUUAUCUAACUACAAAAUCAAAGAUGGAAAUGUGUUUUUUGCAUUUAUUUAUACAUUAAACUCCCUACUUCGCCCUCUUGGAUUUGAUCUUUCUUAAGUAGAACUCCAACUCCUUUCCUUCGAGUACGUAACCGUCGGCGCGACCGCACUGGCCUGGCCGACUCGCUACACACGCU